UUCGCACAAUGGACAAUGUACAGGACAAAACCGUGAUGAUCACCGGUGGAGCCGGCGGUCUGGGCAGCGAAUUCAUCAAGAUAGUACUGGAGAAUAGUGCGAAAAAAGUCGCCGUUGUGGACUUGCCAACGUCGCAGGUUCGAGCGAAAAUUGCCGAGUUCGAGAGCAAAUACGUGAAGGAGUACGAGGAGACGUUCAAGAAGAUCGUAGACGCGUUCGGUUACUUCGACAUCCUCGUGAACAACGCCGGGAAGCUGAACGACAAUAAGCUGGAGCAGAUGAUCGACCUGAAUACCACAUUGCUGAUACGCAGCUCACUAUUGGCUAUAGAGUACAUGGGGAAGCACAAGGGAGGUAAAGGUGGUUUGAUCAUCAACAUCGCGUCCGUAGCCGGCCUGAGCGCGAGCUACAUAGUACCAAUCUGCUCUGCCACGAAGCACGCAGUUGUCGGUUUGAGCCAGACCGUGGCGUACUGCUAUCACAACACUGGAGUACGCAUUGUCACGUUAUGUCCGGGAUUCACGGCAACGUCGAUCGUCAUCAGUUCGUUGGAUAAUGUAGUCUUAGAUUUCGUCAAACCUAAGAUCUCCGAAAAGUACGCGCCAUUCGGGCCGGCACAGGCGAAGGACAAUGUGUCGCGUGCGCUACUGCAUCUUACAUGCUUGUGUAUCUAUAUUUAA